GUGUGUGGUUGUCUGACCAGGUUCCAUUGAGUUGACGGGAACACAUCACAGGGGGGGGAAUGAAGAGGGGCGUCGAAAAAAUAGAGAAUUCAAACUCAACAUACCAGUCUUUGGGUUUGAGUUCAUGGAUCUGUGACGAUUAGACUAGGAGUUGAUUAUUUCGCUGUUAUUUUUAAUGUUGUUAAAGGUGUAGGGAAACUGUCGGCGAAGAUUUUAAUCAGAAUGCUGCUGGUCUGAAACAAAGGGGUCGGGACUCGGGAGUGUUGCAGUGGUAAAAGCAGGUUGAAAGGGUGGACAGUGGCCACAACUCACCACUGACAAGAUGGAGCGGGAGGAGCAGUGGUGGACGUGCCAACUCGCUGCAGACAUCCACCAGUCUCUACGAAUAAAGGAGCUGAAGUUGCCUACCUACAAGGCCCACUCUCCUCAGAUCAGGAUGCGGCGUUACUUUGCUGACCUGCUGGCUGUCCUCAGUAACCGCUACCAGCUGUGCCCAGUGGCUCGCCACCUGGCCGUCUACUUCCUGGACUUGUUUAUGGACCACUACGACGUGGCAGUCCGCCAGCUCUACGUCAUCGCCCUCUCCUGUCUCCUCCUAGCCAGUAAGUUUGAGGAGAAGGAGGACUGUGUGCCAAAGCUGGAGCAGCUCAACUCUCUGGGCUUCAUGUGUAGUCUGAACCUGUCACUGACCAAGAAGGAUCUGGUCAAGAUGGAGCUGCUUCUCUUAGAGACGUUUGGCUGGAACCUGUGUAUGCCCACGCCAGCACACUUCAUAGACUACUACCUCCAUGCUGCUGUACAGGACGGAGACCUGCACAACGGCUGGCCUCUCUCCUCCCUCAACAAGACCAGAGCCUUCAUGGACAAAUACACACACUACUUCCUGGAAGUCUCACUGCAAGACCAUGCCUUCCUGGGCUUCCGGCCGUCCCAGGUGACGGCAGCUUGCAUCGCGGCGUCCCGCAUCUGUCUCCAGAUCACCCCCAGCUGGACCACCGUCCUCCGCCUGCUCACCGGAUACUCCUGGGACCACCUCACCCAGUGCAUAAAGCUGCUGCUGCUUGCCCAUGACAACGAUGUGAAACAGGCCAACAAAUCCAAGUCCAACUCUUCAUCUGUCAAGAGCCCUCUCCAACCCCAGGCCCAUCCCUCACCCUCCACAGUCUCCUGCUCCACCCUGAUACAACCCUCUUCUGGUUCCCAGCAGAUGCUCUUCCAGACAGGCGGCAACCAGCAGCACCUCACCCAGCACUCCACUUCCGUUUCCCAGAUGCACAUGCUAGGUGAGUCCCAGGCUCUGGGCCCUAUUGGGUCUCGGGACUACCUCCAGUCCCACCAGACAGGGCUCCUCUCAAGCUUGGUUUCUCAGGGAACCUUCCCCCCUUUCCCCAGCCUGACCUCAGGACUGGGCUCCUCCCUGCCCCUCCAGGGACCCAUCUCCAUGCAAGUGGUCCUUGCUGCAGAGCCCCGUCACUGUCUCGGCCUGUCCUACGGGGGAGGCUACCUGGGCUCCCAUCACGCCUUCACAGCAGGCUGCUUCGACAGGUGACGCCAGGAGAGGGAGGAUGAACUGAACCUGGGUCAGUCAGUGUCCUCCACCUGUCCUGCCUCCCUGUCCUCCUCCACCUGUCCUGACCUCAUCCAACAAGGACGAAGGAAACCAAAAGGAAGAAGCAAUGUCAACGCAGAUAUUGCUGCGGUAUUGACUUAACAAAGGUCCUAACUAUUUGAAGUGACACAAUAUUUGUGAUGAGGUGUUUACAUACAGUAUGUUCUGUUCAUUUCACACGACUGCUUGAUCUAUACUGAGAGACUGUGAGGCUGGUUUGACCACUGUGAUUCUGAUAUCAACAGUGGUUGUGUGGAGCCCCUGCUUCCACACCAUUUCUCUCAAUGUGGGACAUCUGGUUUUUUAUACUAGUAUCUUUCUUGCUGCCUUAAACAAAACGAUGGCUUUAUGAUCAUGCAAGUGGUCUGUCUUUGGUAUUGUUUACAUCCGUGGUUCUCAAACCUCUCCUCAGGGACCGCCAGACAUUUCACUAUUUUGUUGUAGCUCUGAACUAGCUCACCUGAUUUACCUAUUCAAGAGCUUGAGGAUAAGUUGACAAGUUGAAUCAGGUGUCAGCUCUAGAAUAAAUCAAAUACCUGGAACGGCUGGGGGUCCCUGAGGAGAGGUUGGAGGACCACUGGUUUACAUGAACAAUACCAUAUAUCAGGGUGCUUGACGGAUUACUU